UUUACUUUUACUGCACAAUUCAACAACUACUGAACUCUGUACGCAGGACCACCCACCCAGCCACAAUUUCUGAUCCCCAAUUGUCAAAAACUCAAACACACCCAUCUCUCAAUCUUUCUCUAUCUCACCACUUUUGCAACCCCAAAAGUCUUUGCCAAUUUGCAAAAGCCGAAACAAAAACUGACCCAUCAAACCAAAUCAAACAAAAAAUGACUGGCCGCAGAGAAAUGCAUCGAAACACUUUACAGUCGGUUCGAAAAACCAGAAUUGCAAUUGCCAUAGCCAUUGGAGUCACUUUGGGUUGUGUCUUCGCCAUUUUCUUCCCUCAUGGUCUCUUCACCUCCUCAGCUCCUAUUAUUACUCGUACUAUCUCCAAAUCCAAUGCCCAGGUUAAUUCAGCUUCAUGUGAAUCGUCUGAACGGAUAAACAUGUUGAAAUCAGAAUUUGUGGAAGCAUCUGAGAAAAAUUCCGAGCUGAGAAAUGAAAUUAAGGAGCUAACUGAAAAGCUUAGAUUGGCUGAUCAAAGGAAAGAUAAUGCACAGAAGCAGGUUCUUGUGUUGGGUAAACAGCAGAAGGCUGGACCUUUUGGUACCAUCAAGGGCUUAAGAACCAACCCUGCUGUCAUCCCUGAUGAAUCUGUCAAUCCAAGAUUGGCAAAGAUAUUAGAGAAAGUUGCUGUCCGGAGAGAGCUUAUAGUUGCUCUUGCAAACUCAAAUGUGAAGGACAUGUUGGAAGUCUGGUUCACUAACAUCAAGAGAGUGGGUAUACCCAAUUAUUUGGUUGUUGCUUUGGAUGAAGAGAUUGCCAGAUUCUGUGAAUCUAAGGAUGUUCCAGUGUAUAAGAGAGAUCCAGAUGAAGGUAUUGAUUCAGUUGCAAGGACAGGAGGGAACCAUGCUGUCUCAGGGUUGAAAUUUCGUAUUCUAAGAGAGUUUUUGCAACUGGGGUAUAGUGUUCUUCUAUCAGAUGUUGAUAUUGUGUAUUUGCAGAAUCCUUUUCAUUAUCUUUAUCGAGAUUCAGAUGUGGAGUCCAUGACUGAUGGUCAUAAUAAUAUGACAGCUUAUGGGUAUAAUGAUGUCUUUGAUGAACCUGCAAUGGGUUGGGCUCGAUAUGCUCAUACAAUGCGUAUAUGGGUCUAUAACUCUGGUUUCUUCUACAUUAGACCAACAAUUCCUUCAAUUGAGCUUCUGGAUCGUGUGGCGAGUCGGCUCUCUCAGGAGCCACCCUCUUGGGACCAGGCAGUUUUCAAUGAGGAGCUCUUUUUCCCUUCAUAUCCCGGGUAUGAUGGGCUUCAUGCUGCAAGAAGGACUAUGGAUUUCUAUCUGUUUAUGAACAGCAAGGUGCUCUUCAAAACUGUGAGGAAAGAUGCCAACCUGAGCAAGCUCAAACCAGUAAUUAUUCACGUAAAUUACCACCCUGAUAAACUUCCCCGAAUGAAAGCAGUUGUGGAAUUUUAUGUUAAAGGGAACAAGGAUGCACUCAAACCCUUCCCUGAUGGUUCAAGUUGAUAAUAUGUUUCUGCUCAUCAGUAAUACCUUUAGCAAGAAAGUGCUUGCUGAGUUAGAGUAUGUUUGAAACGGAGAGAGUUGGGGGGAGAGGAGAAGGGAAGUUAACUAGAAUGUAAAUGUUUCAAAGCACACAUGCAGGCUAAAAUUAAGUGAGAUUUCAUCUUAUUGGAGCAAUGUGAGUUAUGCCCUUUCUUGGCCCCAAUUACAACAGCCCUAGUGUUCAAACGCAUGCAAAUUAUAGUACGCUUCACAUUACCAAUCCUGCUUUUUACUUAAUUGUUAUUACAAGAUAUACUGCGGUGAGCUUCCCUUUUCUUCUGCAUGAAAUUUCUUUGUUGUGGUAUUUGAUGAAUGAAUGUAGCAGUUUGAUUCGUGAUAGUCA